AUGGGCAAGGUUUUCUUCAGCGUUCCGGUCAACUCAGUGCGGAGAGCCCGCUGCUCCUGUCCCGGGCGAUGCUACCUCUCCUGCAGAAUCCCUCCUACUGCCGCUCUCCAAGCACCGAGUGGGCUUGGCUGCGCGCGGGUUCCGGGGAAGGCUGCAGGUGGAGCCGUCGGAUCCGGCCCCUCGGGGACCGGUGGCUUCCUCUCCGGGCCCACGUUCCAGGCUCCCGGCAGCUGGAAGGAUAGCGUCGGAGCCCCGCCUGCCCCAGACGUCUUGAGAGCCGACAGUGGUGUGGGCGAGGGUUGCCCUCAGAAGCUGGUGCCGGCUAAUCUGCUGCGCUUCCUCCUGCUGGCGCUCAUCCCCUGCAUCUGCGCCCUCAUUGUGCUGCUGGCCAUCCUGCUGUCUUUCGUGGGAACAUUAAAAAAGGUUUAUUUUAAAUCAAAUGCAAGUGAACCUGUCGUCACUGAUGAUGAAGUUCAAGUGUCUGGUGUUUUCCUGGUAACUACAGUAUAUAACAAGAGCGCAGGGGCACCUGCUACUCCUCCCAGCCAAUUCACUCCAGCCUGGACGCCUAGAGGUCCCCCUCACUCUGGGGACCAGAGUCACAGGAAUGCAAGUGCCUGCAUGGUCCUCACUCACAGCCAGUGUCAGAUUCUUCCAUACCACAGCACCAUGGCACCUCUCUUGCCAAUUGUCAAAACUAUGGACAUGGAGAAGUUCCUCAAGUUCUUCAUGUACCUCCAUCGCCUCAGUUGCUAUCAACAUAUCCUGCUGUUUGGCUGCAGCCUCGCCUUCCCUGAGUGCAUCAUUGAUGGUGAUGACAGGCGUGGCCUCCUUCCCUGUAGAUCUUUCUGUGAGGCUGCAAAAGAAGGAUGUGAAUCUGUCCUGGGGAUGGUGAACUCCUCCUGGCCAGAUUCCCUCAGAUGCUCUCAGUUUAGAGACCACACGGAGAGCAACAACAGUGUCAGCAAGACCUGCUUCUCACUGCAACAGGAACAUGGAAUGCAAUCGCUCUGUGGAGGAGGCGAGAGCUUCCAGUGCACCAGCGGGCUCUGCAUCCCGGAGAAGCUGCGAUGUAACGGUUACAAUGACUGUGAUGACUGGAGUGACGAGGCCCUCUGCAACUGCAGUGGGGACCUGUUUCACUGCCACACGGGCAAGUGUCUCAGUCACAGCCUUGUGUGCGAUGGAUAUGACGACUGUGGUGAUCUGAGCGAUGAGCAAAACUGUGAUUGCAACCUCACAAAAGAGCACCGCUGUGGGGAUGGACGCUGCAUCGCAGCUGAGUGGGUGUGUGAUGGGGAUCUUGACUGUGUGGACAAGUCUGACGAGAUCAACUGCUCUUGCCACAGCCAGGGCCUGGUGGAAUGCAGAAGUGGGCAGUGUAUUCCUAGCAGCUUCCGGUGUGAUGGAGAUGAAGACUGUCAGGACGGGAGUGACGAGGAGAGCUGCGGUGACCGUCAGACGCCAUGUCCAGAAGGAGAUGAGGGAUGCCUUGACAAUUCUUGCCUCGAUACAUGUGCUGGUAGCUCUGCGUGUGACUCGGACGGAGGCCUGAGGAACUGUAGUCAAUGUGAGCCAAUCACUCUGGACCUCUGCAUGAAUUUGCCCUACAACCAUACACACUAUCCAAACUACCUUGGGCACAGGACCCAAAAGGAAGCAUCUAUCAGCUGGGAGUCAUCUCUCUUCCCUGCACUUGUUCAAACCAACUGUUACAAAUACCUCAUGUUUUUCGCUUGCACCAUUUUGGUUCCCAAGUGCGAUGUGAAUACAGGCCAGCGCAUCCCCCCUUGCAGACACCUGUGUGAGCACUCCAAAGAGCGCUGUGAGUCUGUUCUUGGGAUCGUGGGCCUGCAGUGGCCUGAAGACACAGAUUGCAAUCAAUUCCCAGCGGAAAAUUCAGACAAUCAAACUUGCCUCCUGCCCAACGAAGACGUGGAAGAAUGUUCGCCAAGCCACUUCAAGUGUCGCUCAGGACGGUGCGUCCUAGGUUCCAGAAGAUGCGAUGGCCAGGCUGACUGUGACGAUGACAGCGAUGAAGAGAACUGCGGUUGCAAAGAGAGAGAUCUCUGGGAAUGUCCAGCCAAUAAGCAGUGUCUGAAGCACACAUUGAUCUGUGAUGGAUUUCCAGACUGCCCUGAUAGCAUGGAUGAAAAAAACUGCUCAUUUUGCCAGGACGACGAGCUGGAAUGUGUCAACCAUGAGUGUGUGCCACGUGACCUGUGGUGUGACGGAAGGGUCGACUGCUCAGACAGUUCAGAUGAAUGGGAUUGUGUGACCCUCUCGAAAAACGGGAGCUCCUCCUCAUUCCUGGCCGUCCACAGAUCUGCGACCGAACACCACGUGUGUGCCGACGGCUGGCAGGAGGCAUUGAGUCAGCUGGCCUGCAGGCAGAUGGGUUUAGGAGAACACGCUGUGACUGAGCUGAUCCAAGGACAGGAAAGCCAGCCCUGGCUGAGGUUGCACUCGAACUGGGAGAAUCUCAAUGGGACCACUCUGCAGGAGUUGCUGGUACACAGGCAGUCCUGUCCAAGCAGAAGUAAGAUUUCCCUUCUGUGCACUAAUCAAGACUGUGGCCGCCGCCCUGCUGCGCGCAUGAACAAGAGGAUCCUUGGGGGUCGGACUAGUCGUCCUGGGAGGUGGCCCUGGCAAUGCUCUCUGCAGAGUGAACCCAGUGGACACAUCUGUGGUUGCGUCCUCAUUGCCAAGAAGUGGGUUCUCACGGUCGCCCACUGCUUUGAGGGGAGAGAGGAUGCUGAUGUUUGGAAAGUGGUAUUUGGCAUAAACAACCUGGACCAUCCGUCGGCCUUUGUGCAGACCCGCUUUGUGAAGAACAUCCUGCUACAUCCCCGUUAUAAUCGAGCGGUGGUGGACUAUGACAUCAGCAUAGUGGAGCUGAGCGAUGAUAUCAAUGAGACAAGCUACGUCAGACCUGUCUGCUUACCCAGCCCAGAGGAGUAUCUGGAACCAGAUACGUACUGCUACAUCACAGGCUGGGGCCACAUGGGCAACAAAAUGCCCUUUAAGCUGCAGGAAGGAGAGGUCCGCAUUAUCCCUCUGGAGCGGUGUCAGUCCUAUUUUGACAUGAAGACCAUCACCAGUCGGAUGAUAUGUGCUGGCUAUGAGGCUGGCACCGUGGACUCAUGCAUGGGAGACAGUGGUGGGCCUCUGGUCUGUGAGCGACCCGGAGGACAAUGGACAUUAUUUGGUUUAACUUCGUGGGGCUCCGUCUGCUUUUCCAAAGUCCUGGGGCCUGGAGUGUACAGCAAUGUAUCUUACUUUGUUGAAUGGAUUGAAAGACAAAUGUAUAUCAAGACCUUUCUCCAGAAGGAAUUCCAAGGAUGAGCAGAGAGUCUGCCAGCAACCUACACCAAGCACGGCCCUCUUGACCAUGAAGAGUGCCCUGCCAAGAGCUGUAUGGAUGGGCUUUUGUGGGCGGGGCACUCAACGUGCCCUGCAAGAUCUCUUGUUUGCACCAGAUCCGUUUUACUCAGCCUUUUUUUUUCCAGCUUUAUCAUUCAUUAAUUUCAUGAAUUCUUUUCAAAACACAGAGCACAGUAGGUUUUGUUCUUUCCCUAGGCUAACCUUGAAUGUAGUGUGGAAGUAUCAGCUCUAUAGAGAUGACAUCUGGGGCUCUAUGGUAACAAGUGAUAGGAAGUUCCUUUUCGUACUGUCAUGGCAAACAGAUGGAGACACACUGGUGUGUGUUCAGUUUCUGUUCAAGCACAGCAGUUUAGGGGGCACCUUUCAGAACCGACCUUGGAGACUGGCUUUUAAUUGAUAAAAAGCCAAGAUAAUGUAUAUGCUUAUGUUAUUUACCAGACUCUUCUAAAUAAUUUGGAGAAAUUAUGAAAGAGAAAAGACUCACAAUAUUGAUCUAGACAGUUGAAGUUGCAAGACAAACAGAAUGUAAAAUUUUCUAGCCAUUAAAAGUAACACUCAGAAGUGUAUUUCUGUCCCUUCUGCAUUCAAAUUAAGAUUGUAAUUUCAUAGACAAUCUCCAUAGGACUUUCCUCGUUACCGGGGAUGUUCAGUAUCUAUCUGUUAGAUGACUGAGAUUUCAACAACUAGGUCAAUUCUUGUGGAAACAUUUUUUUUUAUUUUUUGCCUAUAUGAAAAUGGAUGAGAACCUUCUCCACUUUGGAGACAAGAAACAAACAAAAAAAACCCACCCUUCCCCCCAAAAAAAGAAAAGAGAAAAAUUAAAUGGUAUCCCACCCACAAUUAAAUCUGAAAAUUAGUCUGCCUAUGUUCACCCAAACCAGAAAUGUCACAGCAAUAUAUUUCAAAGUGUAGCAAAAUGUUGCUUGGAAAAAAACAUUUUGCAAUUUCCCCCUAAUGAUGUCUAACAUCUGGUGUUGCCAUUUUGCCUCAUUGAUAAUUAAAACAAAAAAAUUUAAAGUUGCUUUGAAGCACUGGGCCACUUUACACAAAUUAAUUUCUGAAGCAAUUAGUGGGUAAAAGUAUUUUUUUCCACUAAAAAGCUUCAAAAACACAAACCUUCAUACAUACCUAAUUUAAUUAGUCAGACAUCAACUAUGUUACAUGCAAAUGCCUUUUUGAACAAGCAGGAUGUUCUACGAAACUUCACCAGCAACCAGACUGCCUCAGCAUUCCGAACAGGGACUACCUGCAAUUUUCUAUGUCUGUUUUGUACUCUUUCUAUGUGUCAAUAUAGUUCAAAUCCAAAAAGUUGUCUCAACCCUUAUUUUCCAUGUUGCUCCUCUCUAGUCCUGGAGUUUGUUACAAAGACUGUGUAGCACUUGCACUGUGUUCACAACCGGAUGAAGGUUUAAGACCAUUGGUCAGUUUUGUUAUAAUUGUUGGUACAUAAUUAAUGAAACACUUUUUUUAGCCUUGAUGAACUCAUAUUCAGUAAAAUAUACAUGUUGGAAUUAUUUUAAAUAACUCCGAAUACAAUCAAAAUGAUAUUUUUUUUUCUGGAGGCAUAUAGACCCCAAGUUCCUGGAAAGGGGUUAUUUUUCUUCUCGCACAGGGAACCCAGUUUCCUGCCAGCCAAAAUGUGCAUGCUGUCUGCUGGCUCUCACAGGAGCCUGCUCUUCUAGACUAUUAGCAGCUUCACCUGUAGGCUUAUGAGCCACCAAUAGUAUUCAUGGCUCCUGGAGUACCGGGAAAACAUCAACCCUGCUAAGAGAACGCGAGCCAUCAAUGUUCGCAGCGCAUUUUUGCAGGUGUUCCUACUCUUUAGAAACCUUUUAUAAUAAAAUUAUAUCCCAAACCAUUUAUUAUUGAUUUUCUUGGAUUCCUCAAAUUCUGGUAAAAUAUUCAAAAUAUGAAAAUACGCUACACCACACAUGCUUUGCUGAUCUGGCAUAAAAUUAUUAUUCUCUUGUUAAUUCAACCUUUUAAAAACUUUACAGAGAUCUCAAUCUCCUUAGUCUAGGGGCCCAGGUGUUUUUCAGGCUUUUUAAAUAAAAGAAAAAAAUAGAACUUAAUCACCAAGUAAUUAAAUGCAUCAAUACUUUCAUAGCAAGAUACACAAAUGAUUGCAUCAGGUAUAUAAGUAGGUUCAGAUUUUCCAACACAUUGAGUUUGCACCUAAGUUACUAACAAAGUUGGGAGAAUUUGUGAGUUAUAGAUGUAAGAUUAUAGUCCCAUGACACAAACAUUCAAUACUUUCCUAUAUUCCUAUGAGUAGAAAGAUAAUUCACAUCUUGGAAAUGACCUUAUGCUUACUCCUUUUUAGCAUAUUCCUUUACUCUUUAGAAUAAAACCUUUUAUAUG